AUGGCUCAAGAAACCUAUAUUGAAAAAGUGGCCAUUGUCGGCGCUGCGGGGCAUAUUGGCUCACACUUCACUCGAGAGCUUCUCAAAACGGGAAAACACACCGUCACCGCGAUCACACGCGCAGGGAGCACCAGUUCCAUUCCUGAAGGAGUCCGGCGCGUUGAAGUGAACUAUGAUGACCAAGAAUGUCUCGUGAACGCACUCAAGGGACAACAGUUCCUGAUCAUCACCUUGUCUGUGACCAGUCCUGCAGACUUGCACAGCAAGAUUGUCAAGGCCGCCUCUGACGCAGAAAUACCAUAUAUCAUGCCAAACGUCUACUCGACCGAUCUGCAAAACAAGUCCGUCAGCGAGGAUGUAAUGUACGGCGCGGCUGCCCUCGAGCGAUGUAAGGAAGUCGAAAGACAAGGGAAUACAGCGUACAUCGCCAUGAACUGCGGCUUCUGGUAUAACUGGAGUCUGUUAUUAGGUGAGUCGUUCUUCGGUUUCGAUCUGGAGAAGAAAUCAGCGACAUUUUUCGACGACGGCAAGAACCGGAUUACCUCAUCCAGCGAGUCUCAAUGUGGUCGCGCUGUCGCGGCUCUUCUAAGUCUGCCGGAGAGGAAGGUGGCAGAGUGGAAAAAUAAAUUCUUCUACGUCGGUAGUUUCACGUGUACCCAGCGGGAUAUACUUGAUAGUAUCCAUCGUGUCACUGGGACGACUGAUGCUGACUGGACUAUCUCUUAUGAAUCUUGUCAGAAGAGGUACCAGGAUGGGUUGGCUGAGAUGCAGAACGGGGUUAAUUCGGGAUUUGCUAAGGCUUUGUAUGCAGUGUCCUUCUCGAAGGAUGCAGGGGGUGAUUUUGAAUCCACGAGAGGGUUGGCUAAUGAUGCCAUUGGAUUGCCGAAGGAGGACUUGGAUGAGGUGACAAAGAAAGCGCUGACAACUGCGGUGCCUGCGGUGCCGAAAGUUGUUUGA